UCUCACUUAACCUCCACAUAGUACCGGACGGGAAAUAACUUCAAAUAUAUAUAUAUAUUUUUUAAAGAUCCUCCUCAUUCUCAUCUCUGACGACGACGCCCAAGUGUUUUCUUCUACUUUGUGAUCCUCUGCGGAGCGCAAACAGAGGAGUUACCAAAGUCCCAGACACGCUCCAGCGAUGGUGACUUUACGCACGGGAUUGGAAGGCUGUUUGAACUGACUGCUCUUGUUUUUGUUUCAUCGCUGAAACUCUUUCUCAUCGCCCCAUAACAAUCCUCCAGUGUUGCCAGGAACACGCAGCGUAUGCCCCAAUAAGUGAAUCCAGGUAAGGGUGACGUUCAUGAAUUUUAAAAUCAUCCACAAGUGAGAAGAGGCUGUUGGAGUUGAAGUCUCUUAUUUCUAGAAUGAUGUCUUCCAUGAGAGCAACGCCUCCCUUUCACCCACCAUCUGAGGAAGAGGAAGCGAUGGGUCAGGACAAUGCGGCCUGGGCCAGCGAGGAGCGAGAGGGCCCAAAGGAGACACCGUCUCCCUCUUUGCAUGACCGACCCCACCCGGACGAGCUACAGCCAAUCAGACAGAAGCUGACGGAUGCUGAGUGGGAGAACGUGGUGCCUGCUGCGAUGGACAAUGAAAGCAGUAAAGGCUGCUCAGUCUACUCCUACCGGACUAACUCUACCUCUCCACCCAAGCCAGAGGAGUGUUCCAGGGAUCGCGGGGAUCCAAUGAUCAGCCUCGCCUUCGGGACGCCGGAGCGCCGCAAAGGAAGCCUGGCAGACGUGGUGGACACACUGAAACAGAAGAAACUUGUGGAGCUGACCAAGACAGAACACGACGAACCGACUUGCAUGGAGAGGCUCCUCUCCAAAGAUUGGAAGGAGCACGUUGACCGCCUGAACGCCAACGAACUGCUGGGGGAAGUCAGAGGUACACCGGAGUCACUGGAGGAGAAGGAGCACCAGCUUUCUACCAUGAUUGGUCAGCUGAUCAGUCUGAGGGAGCAGCUCCUCUCGGCCCAUGAUGAGCAGAAAAAGAUGGCCGCCUCACAGCUGGAGAAGCAGAGACAACAGAUGGAGCUGGCCAGGCAGCAGCAGGAGCAGAUUGCCAGACAACAGCAGCAGCUCCUGCAGCAGCAGCACAAGAUAAACAUUCUCCAACAACAGAUCCAGGUCCAGGGUCACAUGGCUCCUCUGAUGAUCCCAGUGUUUCCUCACGACCAGCGGUCUCUGGCUGCUGCUGCUGCUGCACAGCAGGGCUUCCUCUUUCCUCCGAGCAUGUCCUAUAAGCCAGGUGAGAAUUACCCCAUGCAGUUCAUUCCAUCUACAAUGGCAGCUGCAGCGGCGUCUGGACUCAGCCCGUUACAACUACAGCAGCUGUAUGCCGCCCAACUGGCAAGCAUGCAGAUCUCACCAGGAUCCAAGAUGGCUCUCCUCCCACAGGCUCCCAACUCCUCCGGUCCCCUUUCCCCCUCCGCCAUGAAGAGCGAGAAGCGAGCAUCCAGUCCUGUCACUCACAUUAAGGAGGAAGGAUCCACACAGCCAUUGAACCUCUCAGCCAGACCCAAGACAACUGAGCUGCUUCGCUCCCCGACGUCCCCGACACAGAGUCUGUUCUCCGGAAACAAGACCAGCCCUACAGGCAUGGGCAAGGGCCGCAUCCCAAGCCCCAUCGCCAACAUGGGCAGGAACACCUCUCUGGACAUCCUGUCCAGCCUCAACUCCACAGUGCUGUUUGGGGACCAGGAUGCGGUGAUGAAGGCCAUCCAAGAGGCCAGGAGCAUGAGGGAGCAGAUCCAGAGGGAGCAGCUCCACCACCAGCAGCAGCAGCAGCAGCCGGGACACCACAGUCUGGAGGCCAAACUGUCGGCCCUCAGCAGCAUGAGCCUCAACAACGGCAACAAGGAGCGGCUGCAUUAUGAGUCACUGAGCCAGCACCUGGGGAAGCUCGGGGAGGAUGCUGGGAAGAUGGUCCAUCGAGUCAUUGACCUGACGAGACCAGAAGAUCUGGAUGGGAGUAAUAUCACAGAGGCGCGAGUGUUCAGGGAGGCGCGGGGCAGGAGCAACGCAGAGCCCCACAUCAAGAGGCCCAUGAACGCCUUCAUGGUGUGGGCCAAAGACGAGAGGAGAAAGAUCCUGCAGACCUUCCCUGACAUGCACAACUCCAACAUCAGCAAGAUUCUAGGCUCUCGCUGGAAAGCAAUGACCAACCAGGAGAAGCAGCCGUACUAUGAGGAGCAGGCCCGUUUGAGCAAGAUCCAUUUGGAGAAAUAUCCCAACUACAAGUACAAGCCGCGGCCCAAGAGAACCUGCAUCAUCGACGGCAAGAAGCUGCGCAUCGGAGAGUACAAGCAGAUGAUGCGGUCACGGCGUCAGGAGAUGAGGCAGUUCUUUGUCGGGCCUCAGCCACAGAUUCCUCUCGGCAACGGCCCCGGUGGAGUUGGAGUUUACCCAGGUUCCAUAACCAUGGCAACGGCAGCCACACAAUCCCCACACCUGACCUCAGACUGCUCAAGCAACUCAGCCAGCCCUGAACCCGCCAUCCCUGUCAUUCAGAGCACGUACGGGAUGAAGUCCGAGCCCGGCGGCGGAGGCAGCAACGGUGGCAGGGUCAGAGCCUUGGACCUGCCCAGCGACCCCACCAAUGGAGACGACGACAUGGACAUGUACGAGGACUUUGAGGACGAGCCCAAGUCGGACUAUAGCAGCGACCACGAGACACGAGAGGCCGUCAGUGCCAACUGAGUGUGCUCAGGGUGUCCAGUUGUAAAAAAAAAAAUAAUAAUAAAUAAGAGAGAAAAUAAACCUCCUGUUAUACUCAGAGACACUUUUUAAAAACACAGUUUAUUAGAGAGACCUUCAGGCAAACUUUCAGGACAUGUUGCGCUGUUGCGCCAUGCACUGAGCAUGCCCAGACAGGAUUCAAACUCAGCGGACAUGCUCAGGAAGUUCUUCGGCAGUAUCUUGAUGGAGGUCCAUUUGAAGGAGAGGGCUGAUGGAAAAAAAAAAGUGUGACCCAAGAAAACAAGCUAAACAGACACCUGGACAUCCAACUGACAAUAACCUUUAGUUUCCUACACUUUGACAAUCUUAACAGGAGCGGAUAAGAGUUAGAGGAGAGAGAGAGCGAAUGGGACGAUGGACAAAUGAGCGACAAACACAUUGCUGUGUGGUUUGUAAAGAGCAUGCAUGGAUUUUGAAGCAUCAGGAAUUGGUCUUCAACAGCUAUUUGGUCUUAAAUGUUUAAGGAGUGAUUUAGUUUCUAUCAUUAUGUAUUUACUUUUCUGUGUUUUUUUUUUUUUGUUCUAUAGACUUUUUUUCUGACAGGUCACUGCCUGUACAAACUCUGGACUGUCAGAACUUGAAAUUUGAAAAGUUUUAAUAUAAAUCCUAGCUAUUGUAAUCUUAUAGUCUUACUUUUGUUUCUUACGAAUACAGUGCAUCUACAUCUUGUUUUCCGACAAACUGCUUACAUUACAUUACUGUUAGUUUUUUUGUUUUUUUUUAUAUCCCAGCUCAGGUAUGAUGUGCCAGCUUGUGAAUGUGUUUUUGGGUUUUGUUUGUUUUCAUACAAAAAGAGUGGUAGGACUUUUCCGACUGUCAAUGAAAUAAAGGGAGCAACAUCCCUUAUAUCACAUUGUUAUUAUUAUUAUUAUUAUUAUUAUUAUUAUUAUUAUUAUUAUCAUUAUUAUUAUUAAAAUAAUAAUAAGUAAGUAAGUAAGUAAGUACCCAGGCAUUGUACAGAUUUUCUUCAAAUGUGCCAAACCUACAUUCACAUUCACUCGGGAUGUUGUAGUCUUAACUUCCAAUGCUGCAAAAAAGUCUUAUACAAUCAGCUUUUUCUAUCUGAUGAGAUGAGUUUCUACUCGGUAACUGCUGGCUCCCCUCCUGGCCCAGUCACAGGCAAAGCUCAGGGAGGAUGUGUUUUCAUCACGCUUGCUCAGUCACACACGCACACGCACACGCACACACACACACACACACACACACACACACAAACACACGCACACACGCACACACA